ACCAGUCGUGCGCACUCCACUAGCUCGCGGUAUCAUCUCGGGCACGUGGAUAUCAUCGCUGUCAAGAAGGAUUGUUCAGUAAAUCACCAGAUUAUCGAGGUUCGCGAGUUACUUCAAACGUAGAAGACAAAUUAUGGAUCCCGAUAGCUUCAAGGAUUACGCCAAGGAGAUGGCGGAAUACAUUACAAAUUAUUUGGAAAAUAUUAGAGACAGGAAGGUAUUGCCUACGGUGGAACCGGGAUACAUGAAACCCCUCUUGCCAUCCGAAGCACCACAAACUCCUGAACAAUGGCAGGAUAUAAUGGCCGAUAUUGAAAGAGUAAUAAUGCCAGGAGUUACUCAUUGGCACAGUCCAAAAUUCCACGCAUACUUUCCUACUGCGCAAUCGUAUCCCUCGAUUCUGGCCGAUAUGUUAAGCGGAGCUAUUGCAUGCAUUGGAUUCACGUGGAUCGCGAGUCCGGCUUGUACAGAAUUAGAAGUAAUCGUAUUGGAUUGGCUAGGAAAAAUGCUAAACUUGCCGAAAGAAUUUCUUGCCUGUAGCGGUGGGAAAGGCGGUGGCGUCAUUCAGGGCACUGCUAGUGAAGCCACUUUGGUAGCGUUACUAGGAGCGAAGGCCAAGAAAAUACAGCAAGUUAAAGAGCAGCAUCCUGAUUGGACGGAAAACGAGAUCAUCAGCAAACUAGUCGCAUACUGUUCUUGUCAAGCACAUAGUUCGGUUGAACGCGCUGGACUUCUCGGUGGAGUAAAGUUCAGACAAUUGGAAGUCGAUGAAAAAUAUAAGCUGCGCGGCGACACAUUUGCCGAAGCAAUCAGAAAGGAUAGAGAGCAGGGAUUCAUACCAUUUUAUGCUGUCGCUACUUUGGGUACCACUGUUAAUUGCGCCUUUGAUCGUCUCGAUGAAAUGGGUAUUGUAGCAAAUCGUGAAGACAUUUGGUUGCAUGUAGAUGCCGCUUAUGCAGGAUCUUCUUUUAUUUGCCCGGAAUUUAGAUAUUUAAUGAAAGGUAUCGAAUUGGCAGAUUCAUUCAAUUUCAAUCCGCAUAAAUGGAUGUUAGUUAAUUUCGAUUGCUCUGCCAUGUGGCUUAAGGAUCCGACAUACGUCAUAAACGCUUUCAACGUUGAUCCUUUGUACUUGAAGCACGAUAUGCAAGGUUCGGCACCGGAUUAUAGGCAUUGGCAGAUUCCACUUGGACGCAGAUUCCGAUCUCUAAAACUGUGGUUCGUAUUGAGACUCUAUGGGGUCGAAAAUCUUCAAAAGUUUAUCAGGUCGCACGUCGCUCAAGCACACGAAUUCGAAGCAUUAGUUCUCUCCGACCCUCGCUUCGAAAUCGUGGGCGAAGUUCUGAUGGGAUUGGUUUGUUUCCGAUUGAAAGGAUCCAACGAACUCAAUGAAACCCUAUUAAAGAGAAUCAAUGGUGCAGGAAAUAUCCAUCUUGUCCCAUCUAAAAUAAAGGACACGUAUUUCCUGCGACUCGCCAUCUGUUCUCGAUUUAGCGAGAGCAAAGAUAUACAGUAUUCCUGGAAAGAGAUCAAGCUGAGAGCUAACGAAAUCCUCGAUGAGCAAUCGCUUUCAAAGUGAUGGCGCGCUCAGA